UGACCUCCUGCGAUCCAUCCAGUGCAUGCGAGGUCCAUUGGUCCAGAGCCAGAACGCAAGACAUUAGUGAAGAUCCAACUCGAUCCCAUUCCGAAGUGAUGUGUGUGUCUAAUCGGCUUUGCAGUUGCCAGCGAUUCCGCUGCGACCAGAUACGAAGGAGAGUGGUAUAAUAAUAAGAAACAUGGCUACGGUGUAACUACAUUCCGAGACGGAUCAUUUGAAGAAGGCAAAUACAAGAACAAUAUUUUAAUGACCAGUCAAAAGAAGAAGCAUUUGUUUCUUGCGCGAUCACGUAAGUUCCGAGACCGCAUUAACAUAGCGGUUAAUUCGGCACAAAGGUCGUUAAAAAUGGCAAUGCAAAGGUCUGAUAUUGCCAUUUCACGUACUUCAACUGCAUCUGACAGAGCACAAAAUGCCGAUAUUGCAGCUGAUAAAGCCCGCAUUGAUUGUGAAAUCGCUGUUAGUAUGGCGCGUGAAUUCGCUCCUGAUUUUAAGCCAUCAGUUUUAGAAAGAUUUCAAAAACUUUUUUCUCGAAAUUACAACAAAUUAGGCCAUUUGAGAGGAAACAGCACUUUGUUACCUUAUGAUGAAAAUAGUAGAUCACCAGAUAAGAGUGGAUUCUUAAUGAAAGAACCCGAUCUGAAUGUAUCGCUUCGGCAGCAAUCAGAUAUUUCAUCAAAUUCUGUACUCCCACAAAAACUACAUGUGACACCACAAACUGAUUUUGCUCAUUUAGUUAAUCAACCAAAUCAAUCCAGUAACAGUUCUUUUGCUCAUAUUUAUCCUUCAUACAUCAAAGACAAAGAAGAACAAUCGAAGCAAUAUCAAGAAAAUGUUCAACAACGUGAUUUUAUUAGAAAGAAUGAGAUGCAAGUUGGUCAUUUGAAUCAAGAAAAUAGCACUUCCUCAUAUAGCAACAGAAUGGGGAAAAAUGACAUCACAGGACAAAAUCAAACCAAUUACAUUUUGAAUGCCAAUUCAGAUCAACUUGAUGGCUAUAUAUACAAUAACUCUGAGCGCAGAACUAACUUAUUGCAAAAUAACUUAACAACAAAUUACAGUGAACAGCAAAAAUCUGUUCAGCAAAACAGUACGCAAACAUUCACCCAGCCAUUGUCUAAUCAAAGUUCUCAAUUUUAUCGAACGUCACCGCAAAAAACAGAAAUAUUAGGAGAAUCAAGAAAACCAACGAGACCACCUCCACUCAGUGACAUUGAUCAACAAUUGUCUAUCGAUUACUUUGAUCACUAUAAGAGGCCUCCUAGUCGAGACUCUUCCACCGACCGAUAUGCUCGGGCAGCUAGCCACAUUAGCUCACGCCAACCUUCAAUUGACCGAUCAAUGCCUUCACAAUCAAGAAAUAUACCAUCGCCUAAUAAGGAAAUUAGACAACGACAGGGUUCACAUAAUUUGGAGAAUGUCCCGAGAUCUAUUACUAAUAAAGCAAUGAAUAAUAUGUCAAAUCAAAUGCUAAAUGCGGUAGAAAAAAGACCGUCAAUCAAUCAACCUUUCGAAGAUGUUCUUUUAUAUCAGCGAACAUUAGGUCAAGAUAUUAUUCCGUCUGCAACUACUCCUAAACGAACAGAAAGCUUAUAUACUCCUGCAAAAGUUAUAAUUCCGAAAGGAACCCCAGUCCACUGUCACAACAAUACAGGAAGCAAACCAGUAAAGAUUACUCCUAUAAAUGUAACUCUUCAACGAAAAAAAUCGCUUCCCGAUUUUCAGGAUCUUCCACGUGCCACGGAAGCUAUGACUCGGGAGGAGGUAUCCGCAUUGGGUUCGGCAAGACGUGAAGCUGUACGCCGCCAAAUAGAAAUUAACGAAAGACUAAAAGCGAAUCCCCUACUUUAUAUUUUUAGUCCACAAGUUAAGGAUUGGUUUUCUCGACAACAAUUGGUGCUAGUUGUGCUUUUUGUAAAUAUUCUUUUAGGCUACCUUUUCGUGAAAAUUUUAACAUAGCAAAAUUUAUUUAAAGCCUAGUAUACACAAAUGAAAAUUUACGGUUUUAGUUAAAUAUAUCAGUAAUUUAAAGUUAUAGUCGCAUUAAUGUUUGCAAAAUUUUGAUAAAAAUAACAUUUUAAAUCCAGUGUUUCAAUGAGCAUUACAUAUGCUUUAUAUACUUAAAAGUUUUGUCGUUCACUAUUAUGCAUUUGGUCAAUUCGCUCGAAGAGACUGUUUUUAUGCAAUCCAAUCACAUACUGUAUUUUUUAAUGGAUUUAAAAAGUAUUCGUGAUAUAGUUCACUUAUUUAAAGAUUUUGCUUAUCAGAAACAUUGGACUCUUUCUCUUAUCUAUUGUAGGAAAUGGACAUGUACUUGUACACAAAAUAAAAUGGUCAGCACCAAAAUAUUAAUUGCAUAUCAAUACAUAUUAGAGUGGAGCGAAAAUUUUUUUUUUUUUGCUUAGCCUGAGCGUAAAAUCUGUAGAUUAUAAAAAAAGAAAAGUU